AGCAGACACCUGAGCCAUGGAUGCGGAGGAGAAAUCCCCCGCCGACCACGGAGCGCAGUUCCUGGACAUCAGCUCCAACUCGCCCCCUCCCGAGCUCGAAGGUGCGGCGGAGCCCGGUCAGCGGGAGAAGCCGCCGUAUUCAUACGUGGCUCUCAUCGCCAUGGCCAUUAAGGACAGCCACGACAAGAGGCAAACCCUGAGUGGGAUAUAUGAUUUCAUCAUCUCCAAGUUCCCCUACUAUGAGAAAAAUAAAAAAGGGUGGCAAAACAGCAUAAGGCACAAUUUGUCUCUCAAUGAGUGUUUUGUCAAGGUGCCCAGGGAGAGCCGAGGGGACAGGAAGGGCAACUAUUGGAUGCUGGACCCCGCCUUUGAGGACAUGUUUGAGAGGGGGAACUACCGCCGGCGGAGGAGGGUGAGGAGACCUUACAGACCCCCGACCGUGCCUUACCUGACCGCGAAUCACGUGGAAUGUCCCGAGCCGCUCUACCUGCCGCCGUACGUGAGCGGCUCCUGGGGUCUGUGCCAGCCCGGCUCGUCCCAGCCGACCGCAUACCCGACACCCCAGGUGAUCACCGGACACACACGCAGCUUGUCCCCCGGCGGCCCGAUGAGCUCCUACUGCCCUCCCUCGCACUUCCACCACCCUCCCUACGGCUCUUACCACCGCCACCUGCCCGUGCUGGUCCCCCACAACGGGUGUCCCUACGGCGGAGUGACCCAGCCGAUGAGCCCCGACGGAGGCACCGUCUCCGUGGCGUGCAACUACCAGCAGUUCACCUCGUAUGCUCGGCAAGCGGAGGCGCAGCUUUCGCAUUCAUUUGACCAGUAGGUUUGUGAGUUAUUUUAGCAAUUGACAACCAGUUCAGAGACUCGACGUUCACCUGUUUCACCAUUUCAGUUCGGCUGUCUCUCGUUUGUCAAGUUAACGCCGUUGUUUGGUACUUUGACAAGAUGUACAUUUGUUGACUAUGGGAAACGGUUUCAUAAGUUUUUGGUUUUUGGUUAACCUUUUUUUUUUCUGGUAGCAUCCACUUUCAAAUGACAAGGAAUGACUGUCGUCGAUCAACUCAUUGCAUUUUUGCUUCGUGAAAGGCACCGAUCAAGUGUGAACUGCAGGAAGAGAGUUGAUUUAAGUCUGAGCCUCAGCUUAUGCCUUAUUUUGCAACCCAAUAAACUUGUUUUUUUUAAUUACUUUCUUAUUUUUCAUUUUUGAACGGGCCAUACAUGUGUAACUAUGUUAUUUAUUUAUUUUCUCUGCUUUUAUCAAAUUCCCUCGAGCUGCUAUGCAACAGUUGUUGACACUGAAG